CAACAAUCAGCUGUAGUUCAGUCACAACAAUAGUGCGGGGCCGAGCGGGUCAGAGGCUCAGUGCUGGAACUCUGUCGAGUUUAAUAACAGAUCUUUUCCCCCAGUUAGAAAUAACAGGAACUAUUCUUUGCAGUGGCUUUAGCUGUUUUCCGCGCUGGAAGGCUAGCUAGGUGAGCUCGGUUAGCUCUAGCCGGCGGGGGCUGCGCUGAUCUGGGGGAGACAGCAGUAAACAUGCCCAUGUCUGUGAGUAAAGCGUGCCGGAGUCUGGCUCUCUCCACCUGGCUGCUGUCCUUCUGUUUCGUGCACUUGCUGUGUCUGGACUUCACCGUGGCCGAGAAGGAGGAGUGGUACACGGCGUUCGUGAACAUCAGCUACCAGGACCCGGCCACCGCCGAGCUGAAGACGGAGAAGACAGAGAGCGGCCGCUACGGUGAGCACUCUCCCAAAAGAGAGGCCCGGGGCCCGGUGUUCAUCCCGCUGCCCGGACACGACCGACAGGCCUGCGACUCCAGCACCAGGUUCCCCACACCUCAUCCUGCACACGGGCCCUGGAUAGCGCUUAUAGCCAAAGGCAACUGUACAUACCGAGAGAAAAUCCGCCACGCAGCGAGCCUUAACGCCACCGCUGUGGUCAUCUAUAACGUGGGGUCAAGUAACCCUAAUGAGACCAUCACCAUGCCUCAUCCAGGAACAGGAGACGUGGUGGCCAUUAUGAUCCCAGAUCCGAAAGGGCGAGAGAUCGUUGCCUUGCUGGAGAAGAAUGUAAGCGUGAUCAUGCACAUCACCAUCGGCACACGCAACCUGCAGAAGUACGUGAGCCGAACCUCCGUCGUGUUCGUCUCCAUCUCCUUCAUCGUGCUAAUGAUCAUCUCUCUGGCGUGGCUGGUUUUCUACUAUAUCCAGCGCUUCCGCUACGCCAAUGCACGCGACCGCAACCAGAGGCGACUGGGAGAUGCUGCAAAGAAAGCCAUAAGCAAGCUCCAAGUGCGCACCAUCAGGAAAGGGGACAAGGAAACAGAGUCCGAGUUUGACAACUGCGCCGUGUGUAUCGAGGGCUACAAGGCCAACGAUGUCGUGAGGAUACUGCCGUGUCGACACGUGUUUCAUAAAAACUGCGUGGACCCGUGGCUGCAGGACCACAGAACCUGUCCCAUGUGCAAGAUGAACAUCCUUAAAGCACUCGGCAUCCCGGCGAAUGCAGACUGCUCGGACGACGCCCCUCCUGAUUACGAGCUGUCCGUCGGCGUCCCUCCCGCCAACCCUGUGAGCGGGGCCAGCGACGUGACCGUGGGCGAGAGCUCCGUGGCGCUGGACCGCCUGCCACACCUUCACCAUGAGCCCGAGUCUCUCACACAGCUAGAAGACGGCCCUCGUAUCGCCAGCAGUGAACACCAGCCUCCUCUGAGCAGCGACUCGGACACGUCACUCAUCCUGCCGGUGGAAGUUAGCCUGUCUGAUGUCGAGCUUUCUGCUGAAGCUGAGCAAGAAGAGGCCAAAUCCUGAGUGGCACCAGCCCGGCUGCUGCAGAGGCACUGCUUUAGAGGGGGCUCCUAUGGAGCUAAAUAUGGACCAGGACGUGGAAAAAAGAGAAAGGAAAAAAAAACAAAAAACAAAGAACAUAAGCAAUACUUUCUCCCAUAUGGCCUCAUUGAGUCACAUUAUUUUUUUUCGCUCUCUCUGGUCAGACCAGGUCGCUCUUGAUGUCUCUUCUUUAUUAGUUUUGUGUCACCACAGUGGGGGAAAAAAGCACACGUUCAAGAUAUCAGGUCUGACUGCACGGAAAUUCUGCCUUUUCAAUUUCUUGUAGGAUCACUGCCAAUACACACACACACACACAUCUAUUCCAGAAUGGAUCAUUUAUAUAUACCAGUAUGUAUAGCUGUGACCAGCCUACUGCAUUUUGUGUCCGAAGCAGUCCGAGUGCAGUCUAAUCAACUGAAAAACAAAACAUUGUGUGGCGUCUCAAGAGUUUCCUUGAGAAGCCUCCAGUGCUUCUAGCAUCUUUUUAAAAAAUCCGGCUGCGUCAGACACCGCUUUCACCGUCCGAGUGGUGCGUUUUGAGAAGCACAACCGUCGUCAUGGGAUCGAGCCUCGAGUGAGAAACCUAGAUUAUUCCAGCAAGGUCUCAUUCACUUUGCUUAUUAUUAAGAAUGUUAACAUGGGUUCAAGUUUGCUUGCUUUCUCCGUCCGCAUUCCCAGUAACUAAUGUGAACUCGGCUUGUAGGGAUCGUGUCUUCUGAAGUGCCACUUGAGCUCGCGAAGCCGAGUUUUCCUCUUCGCAUCCAUCCUGUCGUGCCAUAUAAGAAAGACAGGUCUUUACUCAGAAUGAGGAUGAGCAGCAAUCGUGUUGAAUGUUUCCUUCCUUCCUUCCUUCUUGUUUUUCUGUCUGAGGAUUUUCAGUACAAGCACCAGACCGAGUCGUCUCCUGCUUCUAUUCCAAAGCGUCCUCGCUCACCCGAAUCUCCCCUUCCUCCUCACAGAGGUCGGGCUUAAAGCCCUCAGCCAAAUAUAUCCGAAUCGUAACUUCUUUUUGAUACACGUGCGUCUCGGCGGGUCGCUCUUUUCCAGCGUCGGAGUAGAAUCGUUGUAGAUUAACAUCAUUUUUUUUAUUGCACAUUACAUACAGGAAUGCAGAAGUCUAAUGAACGACUUUUUUUAUUUUAAUAUCAAAGUUUUAUUUUUCUAAAAAGAAAAAAAAUAAUAAUCUAAGAAACGAACAGGCCCUGUUUACAGUCAGGAUGGAGAUCGGUAAGAAAAAGAGAAAUCAGUCUCCGUUUUUGUUUUAAAAAAUAUUUCAUUUCAUCCAAAGGUAGCGUUAGUUAUUGCGCGUCUCUGUACAGGUUUAAUUUGAGGACAGGGCAGUGCGUCCUUCUCCACAAUAAAGGUGUUAAAAUCGAGCCUUGGUGUAAUUCCAGCGUUCACGACCAUUAGUGCAUCAGUGUUUAUUUUUUAGAUGAAUCUUCUUCAACACCAGGCGCACAGUUUCAACAAUCCCCAACACACCAGUAUGUUUUAUAAUUCUGCAACAAGAGCAAGUGUUUCCUUUUUUCCUGCCUCUGUCAGAGCUUUUUGUGUGUGCUGUUGUGUGUAUUUUCCACACAGGCCUCUCAAACCACAAUGCACAUGACUGACUGGAACCUUGAUGUAUUUAUUUUACACUGAAUAAGUGCUGAAAGGACUGUGCUGGGAGGAGCUGAGUGUGUGUGCUGGGAGGAGCUGAGUGUGUGUGUGCUGGGAGGAGCUGAGUGUGUGUGUGCUGGGAGGAGCUGAGUGUGUGUGUGCUGGGAGGAGCUGAGUGUGUGUGUGCUGGGAGGGGCUGAGUGUGUGUGUGCUGGGAGGGGCUGAGUGUGUGUGUGCUGGGAGGAGCUGAGUGUGUGUGUGCUGGGAGGAGCUGAGUGUGUGCUGGGAGGAGGUGUGUGUGUUUCGGGAGGAGCUGAGUGUGUGCUGGGAGGAGCUGUGUGUGUGUGUUGGGAGGAGAUGUUGGGAGAUGUGUGUGUGCUGGGUGGGGCUGUGUGUGUGUGUGCUGGGUGGGGCUGUGUGUGUGUGCUGGGUGGGGCUGUGUGUAUGUGUGCUGGGUGGGGCUGUGUGCUGGGUGGGGCUGUGUGUAUGUGUGUUGGGAGGAGCUGUGUGUAUACUGGGAGGAGCUCUGUGUGUGUUUUGGGAGGGGCUAUGUGUUUUGGGAGGAGAUGUGUGUGUCAUGGGCGGAGCUGUGUGUGUACUGGGAAAAGCUGUGUGUGUGUCAUGGGAGGAGCUGUGUGUGGGCUAGGAGGAGUUGUGUGUGUGUACUGGGAGGAGCUAUGUGGCUGACAGUGAUGUCAAUGGAACAGCUGGUGCAAACGGGCUAACAGGGCAAUGCCCCAGUCGGAAAGGGGAACUCGGAACCCACAAUGUCACGAUGUCAUGUUCGACUUGUGUGUGUUUGAGCUACAAAGAAGAGAAAAGAAUUACUUUUAGUGAAUUUCAUCUACAGUCCAUGCCGAGGGCAGCCAUGUUGAUUUAAAGUCACUUCCUGAACUCGCAGGUCGACGAGACCGCCCCACAUUUCCAAGUUGGAUUUUCCAAGUUGAGCAUUUUCUUUGCUAUUUUUCUAGUUGGAUAUGGAAAAUUGAAAAUCUAAGACCUUUUGUCCUUUUUUGAAAAACGAAUAUUCUUCAAUAUUCAGAUUUAAUUUGGUUUACUAUUGUGGAAUUAAGGGCAAUAGCACCAACAGGAAAAUUACAGUGCAUAAUGAUGCUGGGGUUGAUUUCUUUCCAGCCCAGACUGUAGCUUCACACAGCCUCUCAGUGAUUAUUAUGUCAUCUAUAAGACCUCAUAAUUGGUCACAACCUUUAGUUUGUUGUUAAGUUGUUGAUAGAUAUCAUCAAUGAUUCUAUAGACAAACUAUUUAAACAAUAAUAUCCCAAACCACACCCCUCUCAGCCGUAUAUUUUAAUAUAUCUACCAGCACAAACUCUUUUCUCUACAGCACAGUUUAGCACUGACGUUUCCCAGAGCUACUUAAUAAUAUGAUUUUAAAAGCUGAAGAUUCCAGUCAGUUAACAAGCACAAGGUAUUCUAACGUGUUUACUUGAGAUCCAUACCCGUUUUGCCUUUUCCCCCCUCUUUGUAUCUCAUCACUCUUUAUAUUUAGAUUUUAAAGCAUUGCUCUUUGCAAGCUGUCUUCAUGUAAGUGUCAUAUUAUAUGAUUAUGUUAUUGUUACUGUGUCGAUAUGUUAUCAUGGUGCUCAUCGUUUAAUUUAUCAUGAACAGGAACGUGUGCUCUGACUCGUCAUACGGCUUAGCUGCAAUUCAGGUUGUGUAGUUCGACAACUCUGUAAUCUGCUCUGGAGUCAGGAGUCUGGAGUACUGAGUCAGGAGUCUAGGGUAUAGAUCGAGGGAGUCAGGAGACUGGAGACCAGAUGUCUGAUGUAUGGAGUUCUGGAGUCUAAUGUCUGGAGUUUUAUGUCUGGAGUUUGAUGUCUGAAGUCUGAACUCUGGAGUCUGAUGUCUGGAGUCUGGUUUCUAGAGUCUGGAGUCUAGGGUAUAGAGUGAGGGAGUCUGGACUCAGGAGACUAGAGCCUAAUAGCCCAUAGAGUCUGAUGUCUGAGUUUGAUGUCUGUAGUCUGGUUUCUGGAGUCUGAGGUCUAGAGUUUGAUGUCUGGAGUCUGAUGUCUGAGUUUGAAAUCUGGAGUCUGGUUUCUGGAGUCUGAUGUCUAGAGUCUAAUGUAUGGGGUCUGAUGUCUAGAGUCUAAUGUCUAGAGUAUAAAGUCUGUAGUCAGGAGUUAGGUUAUGUAAUUGCACAGGGUUCAGCAUAAAUCGCCAAAUCCUCUUUACUCUGACACAUGGCUUACUGUUUGUGUGUGUGUGUGUGUGUGUGUGUGUGUUCAGAAAAGCAGCCCUUGUAAUUGGAGGGGAAGAAUAGCCCCUUGAUUGUAACCUCUUUAUGCUUUAUUUUGUGUCUUAACUCCUUUCUUUAACGGCUCAAAUGUCCAACAUUUCUAGUAAUACUCCAUGCAAUACUCCUGCAAGUCCUGCAGGUUGGACUGUAAGACUCUUGAGUCAUUUAGCAACAUUUCAUGUAAACGAGUUCUGUUUAAGAGCUGUUAAGUGAUUUCAGUGAUAACGAAGGAUAAUCAGAGAUAACCUUGCUUUUCUUUAUUUUUUUGACUGAUUAAAGGGCCUCAUUUUUCAACAUUUUUGCUACAUUUUCAUAAACCAAACCAAAAAGACCCCUGCAAUUCUCCUGAUAGUGCAAUUAAAUUUAAGAAAAGCUAAUUUACCAAACAAUGACUCACAUUAAGUCACGCCCACAGCUCACAAGAACGACAUGACUGUACAAGCCAAAUGCACGCUACACAAUUUUUUCAAAAUGUAAGAUGCUCUGAGAUUUUUCGCACAACAUGACUUGAAUGGGACCUGCACAUUACACAGUCUCUCGCAGACGAGGUGCACACACUACACAGUCUCUCGCAGACGAGGUGCACACACUACACAGUCUCUCGCAGACGAGGUGCACAUGCUACACAGUCUCUUGCAGACGAGGUGCACAUGCUACACAGUCUCUUGCAGACGAGGUGCACAUGCUACACAGUCUCUCGCAGACGAGGUGCACACACUUCGCAGACGAGGUGCACACGCUACCCAGUCUCUCGCAGACGAGGUGCACACGCUACCCAGUCUCUCGCAGACGAGGUGCACACGCUACCCAGUCUCUCGCAGACGAGGUGCACACGCUACACAGUCUCUCGCAGACGAGGUGCACACGCUACACAGUCUCUCGCAGACGAGGUGCACACGCUACACAGUCUCUCGCAGACGAGGUGCACACGCUACACAGUCUCUCGCAGACGAGGUGCACACGCUACCCAGUCUCUCGCAGACGAGGUGCACACGCUACCCAGUCUCUCGCAGACGAGGUCCACACGCUACACAGUCUCUCGCAGACGAGGUGCACACGCUACACAGUCUCUCGCAGACGAGGUCCACACGCUACCCAGUCUCUCGCAGACGAGGUCCACACGCUACACAGUCUCUCGCAGACGAGGUGCACACGCUACACAGUCUCUCGCAGACGAGGUGCACACGCUACACAGUCGAUCACAUGGAGAAAUCCCAGCUGAAGUGCACUUCAUCCCCAAAUCCCACUUCCUCACUAUAUGCAGUGAGAGCUAUCAUUAACUUGUGAUAUUUGUUAUUAUUUUGUACUGAAAAAAGGGAAAAUAUUGGAAAUAUUUGGUUAGCUAUUUUUAAUAAUGUGUGCUGGAAUCAAACAACAGCAUGUUCACGUUAUUCGCAAACUUGAUUCAGGGAUCUGCUGCGCAUGAGACAGAGGACCCACAGAGGAGUCUCCUGUACCCGGACAGUGUACUCACCAAGCACCGAAAUGAGUCCAUGACUGGAUCAUCAGGGCCAAAAUCGUGUAGCGUGCACUAGUCUUAAACAGUGAACAGAGCGCCUCCUAACUGUAGCAUGCUCAAAAUCUUCCAAUAGCACCAGCUCAGCCACUGCAGCGUGUCAGCUUCCAUAUAGACACAUACUAACCCUGCCUUGUCUUCUUUUUAAAGGCCAUUACUUUUAUCCUCCUUUUACAGCUAGUUUUAUUGUCUUCAUUUAAGGAAUAGCUUUGGAUUGGUUUCUAAAGAGGUUUCAAAUCGACAGUGUAAUAAAAUUGCAGGAAGAUAUAGCCAGCUAUAUGACCUGAAGCUAAUUAAAUCCAGUUUACACAUUAGCGAGUGGCUUAUAUGUAAAUUUACAUAUAAAAAGUUCUCAUCGGAUAGAAAUGUUUUUCUGGACUUUUUUAAUGAACCUAUUCGUAUCCAAGUUUGAUAAAUGAGGCCCAAUAAGAGAUUAAACAGCAGCGUGAGCUUCAUCUUAUCACUUACACUACCGCAGUCCUAUACCUUUCAUCAUCCUCAUCAUGUUCAUCAUCAUUUACCAAUUUUAGUUCCAUUCGUUUCCACACCCUAUCAAAAAAGCACUUUAUCUCCCUGCAGGAGAGACCGACCCAUGAUACACAACUGAUUAAAACUCAGCAGGACGAUUGCUAAUCCUGUAGCAUAAGUUUAGCAUUUAUCUAAAGCCUCCGGUUUGCAUAUGGCACAUGUUUAGGAGAUCGAAUCAGAGCUCCAGCCAGUCGUAAGUUUAUUCCCCUUUCGAAUGACUGUGGGUUUUAAAGGAUUGUUAAACAACUUGUAUACAGUAUCCAGUGGAGUUCAACAGUAUUGCUAUUUUGUUAUAUAGAGGACAGUGUAAAUAUAUCCAGCCAUCUUGGUAUACUGUUCUAGUACAAUGUUGCACGUGUUUGAGUCUUUGUUUGUGAGGUACAAUAAAUUUUAUUGCAAUUUGUUUGUUUUUUUUCCAAA